UGUAAAUUUUGGGAGUCAAAGUGCAUAAUUAGGAGCAAACAAUAAGUCAAUUAGAAGAUUACCGGGAAUGGCUGAGUUUAGAGUCUCUUUUAUUUGUUUUACUAUUUUGAUAUACUUGCAGGAUAACCAUGUAAAAGGCAAAUCUCUUGUAGCGCAGCUCUACGAUAUAACUUCGUAUGCACACCCAAAAUAUGGUAAAAUUAACGCUACUAUUGUUGAUAGCAAAGUCAAUGGAGAGUAUGAACUUUUCAAAGAAAUCUUUCCGGCUGACAAACUAUGUUAUCUUCUAGAAGUUAAUGAAUAUUCAGAAAAAAAGAUUUUUACACCUUUCAAUCGCACUAUAAGAACAGGCGAUCUGGCACGUUUCCUUGGAAAGGACGCAGCAAUUGGAGGUAUUCUGGAUUGGAUAAAAAAUUAUUCCAACAUUCCGAUUAGCGACCAUUAUUUGCCAGGAAAAUAUUGGGUGAGAAAUUAUACAAUAUCAACCAAAUUUUGGCCACUGGGUCUCCCAUAUUACCGUAAAUCUAGACUUCGAAUAAAAAAUUCUUUUUUAUUAGAAAAACAAGGUUACAUUUUGCUGAGAAUACAAUAUUGGGUAAGAGUAGUUAAACGCUAAAAGUAACCAUUAUUGGCUAAAAUCCUACAUGAAAUUUACUA